CGCGAGGUUGGCGACGGCGGCGACAGGAUCGACAGCGACCAUGACGAAGGGCGGGGGGAGGCGCGGCGGCGGCCGCCAUGGCGUGCGCGGCAGCCGGGAGGAUAGGCGCCUUCGCCAGGACGCCGCUCAACGGCGGCGCCACGGCGCCGCGCGCGGGUGGCCGGGUCGGCCGCGGCCUGAGGCAGACUGAGCGCAGAGCCGAGGAAGGCAUCAACGCCCUCGCCUCCCUGGUGUCUACUGAGAUGCGGACGGUGACCCUGGAGCCGGGGAGGCUCGGCAUCGAGAUCGCCGAGAGCACCGGCAAGGUCCUGGAGCUUGGGGACGGAGCGGCCAAGGACGCUGGCAUUGGGCAAGGCUGGACCUUCAUAGAGGUAGAAGGAUACGAGUUCGACGUGAACACGCUCGCGUCGUACUCGCAGGGCGACAGGCCCUACGAGGCCGUCCUGGCGACGCCGAGGCCGAACCCGACCGCCGUCUUCGAGACCGACUACGGCGUUAUCAGAGCGGAGAUUUGGCUCGACCGAACUCCCAUCACUGCCUCGAACUUCAUAGACCUUGUGAACGUGGGGUUCUACGAUGGCCAGCACUUCCAUCGUGUCCGCAACCUCGUGGCGGGCCAAUGCUAACACUCACUAUGACAGCGGGCGCUCGCCGCAUGCAGUGAAACAGAGGAUACGUUCCCGAACCUGCGCGGAGGGAGCCUCUUGGGACGGGGCGGUGUACUGCAUCUUCGGUGAUGCGUGCUUGGUCUACGG